AUGGAUCAAUUCUCUUCCCAUUUUGUAUCUGGCAGCACGGUGGAAGGGCAGAGUUACGCAAAACAUUAUUGUGCAGAUGUGCAAGAUAUUGACAUAAUGUUGAAAUGUGGUGAAAUUUGUUCACAAGAUGAUUUGAUUCCUACCUCAGUGCCUGGUUUCGUUUAUGUUAAAGCUCAACAAUUUCCACGGUUGCUCAAAGAUCUUGGCCCAAAUGGUAUACUUUGUGUGAACGGAUUUGGAUUGAAAGAGACACAUGUAAAGCAUUCAGAAGCUUUAGACUUCUGCACGGCCCAAACAAGCGUCGAAACAGCCUCUGUCGCGACGAGAACCACCGGGAUUGAUGUGGAAAUGCUACACAGACUGUUUGAAAAUACGCUCAGGAAAGUUGCUGCUCAGCGUCAUAAGAACAACCGCAUGUGGUCGGUCAUUCAUGACAAUUUCUUACGUCGUGUCGACAUCAUGAAGGAAUAUGCAAAUCUCUUCGAAUCUCAUGGUUCGUUAAUAGGACAUUAUUUCACGCACAUGCUUAAUAGAGGUGUGGAUUUUGCCGGUCCAGCAUUUGGCAUUCAAUUGUCAGACGAUUUGAGGGGAAAAGCGAGAGCAAUGAUUGAUUAUUAUCUAAAAUUCAAACACUUGGUUGAUGUGAAACGUGGUCACUAUUUUCGAAAAUUUGGUGCUAAACACAUGAGCAGCGACUUCGACCUUGUACCAAGUCUGCAACUGAAGUUUUGGCCACAUGAUUUGCUGCAAACCAUACAACGCUUGAAAAUGAAUAAGCCGCAGUUAUACGAAAAAAUUCAACAUGUCUACAUGCAUGUCAUUCCCAAAUGGUCGAAGAAGACUGAUGCAAGAUAUAGUGCACUAGAAUUCCGUUAUUCGUUUUCGGCUAUUGAGCUAAUCAUCGCUCAGCAGCGUUCGCGAAACGAAAAAAUUCUCAGUGGAAUUGCACGCAAUAUCUAUUAUAAAUACUUGAAGCAGACGGACAAAUACUACAUACCAUCGUAUUUCAUCAAAACCACUGUGCUGUGGAUGUGUGAAACGCAGGAUUUAACUCUUGGUGGUGAAACUGAGUACGAUCAAAUCACACAGCAACUAGCGUCAAUGUGGAUACGUUUCGCGUGUGAAAAGUUACGUUGCCACUUGUGCGAACAUUAUUUCAUCGAUAAAGUUAAUAUAUUAGAACUCUAUUCGUAUGCCUCGUUAGAGGAUGCUCAUCGUAUCCUUCAGGAGAUCGAUUACAAUAUAUUGUCCUCACCAGCUAUAACAAGGCCGAGAUCAUUAUUUCUUCCGAUAUUGUUGCAAACGAACACUGGGACGACAGCCAUUGCCAAGCAACUUGUAAAGUCAGAAAAUAUGAUGCAUCGCUGUAUUGCAUUGACCGAUUUGCCCCAAACAGACCUGCAACACCGUUCCAUUCUGAAAAAUCAUCCUGAUGGUCCUCUAACCGAACAAGACGAUCAACACUCAGCUUCUUCUAUUCAUAAUCGUUUCAAAUCAAUCUUCAGUAAAUUUGAUCCCUCAUCGGAGUUUGAUUCAUUCAACCAGUCGGUCGUUGACCAACAACUGUCAUCUCCGGAUAGUUCAGAUUUAUACAUGUCUGUCUUACCUCAUACACUCCGCUGUUGCCUUUUGAUAUCUCAUUGUAACACUAUCUUCAAGGACUCCACCAGCACCCUGCAUAGUUCUGAGUUAAGCAGCACAGAUCCGUCAUAUGAGUGCGUAAUGACUUACAUGAUGCAGAUGUAUAAUGCUAUCCUAGAAAUGUAUCCUGAGUUGAGGCCAGAUGUAACAAAAUUUGAUGGUAGUAAUCAGUCUAUUGCUGAAGCAAAUGAUUACGAACAAGGAUACCAGUUUGCCUUACAAGACGUGGAAUACAAAGUAAGAUGGUUUGUUAGUUAA